CGAACUGCAGUGGAGGAGAACUUGCGUCGUCGUCGCGUCCCCAACCCCAAUUCGAUUCGACUCGUCCGGGAAAAUAGAAAUCGGUCGAUCCAUCGGACCUUGCAGAACGAAGCAAAAUCGAGGGUUUGGAGAGGGACAUCGGACGCUGCGGAGAUGGACGGGUCCGGCGGGAUCUUGGCCGCCGUCGUGUGCGCGCUGCUGGUCUUUGCCAUCUUUCCCCUCCUCCUAUGGCGCCGCCGUUCCGAUGCCACCGGCGCGGGCGACAACCACCGCCUCCCGCCCCAGCCACUCCAGGGGGAACGGGUGCUUCGUGGCGGCGCUCCGGCACGCCGCAUGCGUAGGAGGCCAGCUGCGGCGAGUUCGUCGGCAGCAUCCACCAGUCGUGAUGUUGCAGAGGAUGAGUCAGGGAGUGACGAGGAGGACCCCAAUGUCCCCAAAGGCUCCAAGAAGGAGAGGAAGAGGCAAGAGAGGGAAGAGCGGGAGGCACAGCGUCAGGCUAAUGAAGCGGCACGAAAUUCAAGGAGAACUAAUCAAGACCGUUAUGAGGAAAUGAGAAGGAAGAAGGAUGAGGAGCGUGAGGCCCAAGAGAGAUUAUUGGAAGAAGAAGCUAUGGCACGGAAGGCCAAGGAAGAGGAAGCUGCUGCUCUGGAGUUUGAGAAAUGGAAAGGGGCCUUUUCAGUUGAUGCUGAAGGGACAACUGAAAGUGAGACGCAAGAUGGUGGCCAAGGUUUGCUCCACAAUUUUGUGGAAUACAUCAAGAAGCAGAAGUGUGUUCCACUAGAAGAUCUUGCUGGAGAGUUUGGAAUGCGAACCCAGGACUGCAUAAACCGAAUUAUUACGCUUGAAGGCAUGGAUAGAUUAUCUGGCGUGAUGGAUGACCGUGGAAAGUUCAUAUACAUAUCAAUUGAGGAGAUGCAGGCUGUUGCAGACUACAUCAGGAAGCAUGGGAGGGUGAGCAUAUCACAUCUGGCAAACAACUCGAACGAAUUCAUAGAUCUGGAGCCAAAGCCCCUGUACGAUGAGAAGGAGGAGAGUCAUCAAGAUGAAAGCGCCCCAGCGGGCAUAGUUGCAGAGCCCUGAUGAGCGCUCAUGGUCGAGCUUGUUGUCCCUGCAACAAAGCAUCUAUCAUUUUAAUUUCUGUGCAAGAUCAGGUACCUGUUUUCUAGGGAUGUUAUUAUAGUUCGUGCUAACCUCGGUGGCGGCUUGGCAUCUGGGAUUUACAAGAUGAGAAAGGGUUAUGACAUCAUGGGAAAUUCAGAACUGAUGCUAAUACAGUGAAAGGUUUCAUAUA